AUGGCGCCUUCUCUCAGUCCUGACACGCAAUCCCCACCAAGUUCUUGUGGCAGUGACGACGAGCGUCAAGAGAAGUUGGAGUUCUUGGGUGUAGCAGAUACGGCGCUCAACGACGACAACUGGGGCUGGCUGCGAGACCUGCUGGACCGUGUGCAUGAUGCUGCAGUGGGGAGUCAGGCCAAAGUCUUCUUCGCUCGCCUGUUCAAGGCGCAAGACGCCGCUGAAGUGGACGCCACGUUGAGUGAGAUGGAGAGCUGGAGAAACAGUUUGGGCGGCGACGAAGAGCGCAAACUGGCGCGUGCGUUGUUCCUGUUGGGGUACGACAAGAACAUGUCUUUAGGUCAAUAG